AUGCAUCCUCACUUGCACAGAGAAGAUCAGAAAGGAUGCGAAGAGAUCAUGACGGCACUCGAGGAGUGUCAUGCACGCGGCUUCAUGUGGAAAGCGAUUGGCAUGUGUAGCGACACGAAGCGUCAGGUCAACAAAUGUCUACGUGCCGAGCGACUCGAACGAACCGCAUCGAACCGGGAGGAGGCAAAGGCGAAACGCGAGCACGUCAAGAAGCUCUGGGCUGAUAUCGAGGCCAAUUCGUGA